GCAACCAAACAUCUACCACAGCGACAUGGAUAAACUUCUGAUCUUCAAAGUCUGCGAUGCUGCACGAACAACUCGUUUGGUCAUUGCUGCUUUUCCGACACUCGACAGUUUACUUGAACAAGGCUCAAUUGCUUUGCAAAACGAUGUAGUCAGCGUAUACACCGAAGUUGAAGGAUGCCGUAUCACGUCUGACUUAGCACUAUCUGUGUUGCAUUCCAAUUUAUUAAUGCUUCUCGGAAUGAACGAAUCGUGGAAUCCUCAGCAAAUGCAGAUCAUCAGUUCGCCAGAGCAGGUUGCCGGUGACACUUCCUUGAACUCGAUUCCUUAUUCAAAUGACGAACGGCAAACAUAUGAUCAAAAGGUGGCUCCGACAACUAUUUCCUUUGUAUCGAAUACUCCUGAACAAUCGGUACCGACCUCUGUAAUCGCAGCCCCCGAUUUUAUUGCCAUGGAUUUGCUAAAUAAUAUCGAGGAAGAUGAGCGAAGUAUCUCGGAGCAGAACACAAUAAUUAAUACGUUGAUCAGCAUAACUUCUCCUGGGAGUGAAAUUGUAGAUUUCGAACGACAGUCCGUCAUGACAAACGAGAAGCAAACAACAGAAUUGAGUAAUAUGCAAAGAGAAUCGUAUGUGGCCACAUCAACCAUAGCUGAGGGAACCGAUGUUCCUCAGGCUGAGAUAUCGGAAGCAGUCGAUGAACAGUCGGAGUCUGAAGCUAAUUCAGAUCAUGAAAAUCAAUCACCAAACAAAUCACGCAAAAGGAAACACGACAGCAGUGGAGUGAAACUUCAGAGGAAUACGAAGAAGCAUGCCGCAACUGAAUUGAAGUUUAGAUCGUUCGUCAUAAACUGGGACAAGAUAAGUGAUAUUCUGUUGAUAAAACUGCAAAAUUUGCAACAAUUUAAAAAUACGAACACAGGAAAGCCAGUGCCACAGUCACUUCGGUUUUCAAAACAAGAUCUGAGUAGUUUUUUAAACGAAGUUGUAAAUCAACUGAGACUGAUAGAUACUGAUAUCCGUGCCGAAACCAUGGCGAACGAACAAUUAUCUCAACCGAUUUAA